AGUAAUUGAGCAGUUGUGAGUUGAAUCGGAACCCUACGUUCAAUAUGAGGGCUUUUGUUUGCACGCUAAUCUUUGUUAUUCAAAUUGCGUUGAGCUAUGGAUCAUUGCCAUUGAUUCAAUAUAAAUGUUGGACAUGGGACUCUGCUUGUCUGACGGCGCGUGCGCAGGCUAUAACACCAAUUUUUACAGCAGGUUUUCAUGAAAUAGGCACAGAGCGAUUAGAUCCUAUGUUCAUUGACGCAGUUAAUGUUAAAGAUCAAGCAGGUCUCAAAUUUGAUAUGCAAAAUGUGUAUAUCGAAGGUUUUAAAACAGCAACGAUUGACAACGUCAGUAUUGACAUGAAUUCACGUAUAAUGCGACUGGUCUUCCAUGCAGAUUUGUCAAUAAAGAGUUCGUAUACGGCUAGUGGAUAUUUAUUUUCCUUGCCUAUUUUUGGACACGGAGAUUUUUCAAUGAGAUACGAUAAUGUUCUAACUGAAAUGGUCAUACCUUUCGACAUAAUAAAGGACACACAAGGCAAAAAUAUCAUUAACCUAAAGGUAUACAAGUACUGGUUUGACGUGAGAGGCGGUGGUCAAUUUCAUUUGGGUAAUCUUUACAACAACGACACGAUAUCAAGUAAGAUAUUAAACAAUAUAUUAGAUAAAAACGUAGUACAAGAUAGUAUUAAAGUGUGA